AUGACAAGAGAGACAGGUUCAGCAAAUAAUCCUGUAGGUGGAAGUCCUGAAGAAGCUCAGGGAGUCUCAGACAAGCAUCAGGAUUCAAAGAAGAUUAAGGAAAAAGAUGAAACCACCAACACUGUAACCUUUUACAAGCUCUUCUCAUUUGCAGAUUCUUUGGAUUAUCUGUUGAUGCUUGUGGGGACAGUUGGUGCUGUUGUAAAUGGAAUAUCCAUGCCCUUAAUGACUGUUUUUAUUGGAGAUAUAAUUGAUGCUUUUGGAAGAUCCGCAGACACCAAAGAAGUUGUCCAUGAAGUUUCCAAGGUGUCUCUGAAGUUCGUAUACUUGGCAGUUGGUGCCUUUCUUGUGUCAUUUCUUCAGGUGACUUGCUGGAUGGUCACUGGAGAAAGACAGGCUGCAAGAAUUAGAGGUUUAUACCUGAAGACAAUUUUGAGGCAGGACAUCAGUUUCUUUGAUAAGGAAACUAACACUGGUGAGGUUGUUGGAAGGAUGUCAGGUGAUACUGUUCUUAUUCAAGAUGCCAUGGGAGAGAAGGUAGGACAAUUCAUACAGUGUGUGGCAGCUUUUUUUGGAGGUUUUAUCAUAGCAUUCAUUGAGGGAUGGCUUCUAACUAUUGUCAUGCUAUCCUCUAUUCCUCCUAUUGUCUUUUCUGGUGCUAUGAUGAGCAUUGUUCUUGCCAAAGCCACAUCCCGUGGACAAAAAGCUUAUUCUGCUGCUGCAACUAUAGCAGACCAGGCAAUUGGUUCUAUAAGAACAGUUGCAUCAUUCACAGGGGAGAAGCAAGCUAUAGCUAAAUAUGAUCAGUCCUUGAUUAAAGCGUACAGGACUAGUGUGCAAGAGGGACUGGCUUCUGGUAUGGGUUUUGGUUCAACUUUUCUUCUUUUUUUCUUCACUUAUGGUUUGGCAGUAUGGUAUGGUGGGAAAAUGGUACUGGAGAAAGGAUAUACAGGAGGGAAGGUUAUCACCGUAAUUUUUGCAGUUUUGACAGGCUCCUUGUCUCUGGGGCAGGCAUCUCCAAGCUUGAGUGCUUUUGCUGCAGGACAAGCUGCAGCCUCUAAGAUGUUUGAAACAAUUAAAAGGAAGUCAGACAUUGAUGCUUAUGACAUUACUGGCAAGCAGCUAGAUGACAUACGUGGGGAUAUAGAACUGAGGGAAGUUUGCUUUAGUUAUCCUGCGAGGCCAGAUGAACUCAUAUUCAAUAGAUUUUCUCUCUCAAUACCAAGUGGCGCUACAACAGCUUUGGUUGGACAAAGUGGGAGUGGAAAAUCAACAGUUAUUAGUCUGAUAGAAAGAUUUUAUGAUCCACAAGCUGGUGAAGUUCUUAUUGAUGGUAUCAAUAUCAAAGAAUUGCAGCUAAAAUGGACUAGACAGAAAAUAGGCCUCGUCAGCCAGGAACCAGUUUUGUUUACUUGUAGCAUUAAAGAGAAUAUUGCCUAUGGUAAGGAUGGCGCGACAGAUGCAGAAAUCAGAGCUGCGGCAGAGCUUGCUUAUGCUGCAAAGUUCAUAGAUAAACUUCCUCAGGGGUUAGACACAAUGGUUGGCGAACACGGAACUCAGCUGUCUGGAGGUCAAAAGCAGAGGGUAGCCAUAGCAAGAGCAAUAUUGAAAGACCCAAGAAUUCUUCUUCUUGAUGAAGCAACAAGCGCCCUUGAUGCUGAAUCUGAGAGAAUCGUACAGGAGGCACUGGACAGAAUAAUGAAAAGUAGAACCACUGUUAUUGUAGCUCAUCGCUUGAGCACUGUAAGGAAUGCUGAUAUUAUUGCCGUUAUUCAGCAAGGAAAAAUAGUAGACAAAGGUUCACAUGCUGAGCUCACAAAGAACCCUGAUGGAGCCUAUAGCCAACUCGUUAGAUUGCAGGAAACAAAGGAGUCAGAGAAUAUGAAUGCAAAUGACACAUAUAAGCCAGAAAGCAUAUUGAAUUCUGAAAGGCAAUCAAGCCAACGACUUUCUUCCUUAAAAUCUAUAAGUCGAGAGUCAUCUGGACUAGGGAGAAGCAGUCGUCAUUCAUUCUCAGUGCCAUAUGGUGUGCCUCCAACAAAUGGACUCUUUGAAACAGCAGGUGCGGAACCUGAAGCUCCUAGUUCAAAAGAUUCACCAACUCCUCCAGAAGUGCCACUUUACCGCCUGGCUUAUCUAAACAAACCUGAGAUUCCAGUCUUGUUUAUAGGGACUCUAGUUGCUGUGGCAAAUGCAGCAAUAUUCCCAGCUUUCGGGUUACUGCUCUCCAAAAUGAUAAACACUUUCUAUGAACCUGCAGAUAAACUCAGUAAAGAUUCAAAGUUUUGGGCGUUGAUAUUUGUUGCCCUUGGUGUGGCAUCCUUCUUAGUAAUUCCAGCGAAGUUCUACUUAUUUGCUGUCGCUGGUGGUAAGUUGAUAAGAAGGAUCCGGUUAAUGUGUUUUGAGAAAAUAAUCCACAUGGAAGUAAGUUGGUUUGAUGAAGCUGAGCAUUCAAGUGGAGUCCUUGGAGCCAGGCUAUCUACUGAUGCAGCUUCUGUCCGAGCUUUGGUUGGAGAUGCACUUCUUUUGCUGGUUCAAAAUAUUGCUACUGCAAUUAUUGGCUUGGUCAUUGCUUUGGAGGCAUGCUGGCAGCUUGCUCUUAUAAUUCUUGUUAUGCUACCCAUAUUAGUACUCAAUGGAUACGCACAGUUCAAGUUCAUAGAAGGAUUCAGCGCAGAUGCUAAGAAAUUGUAUGAGGAAGCAAGUCAAGUGGCGAAUGAUGCAGUAGGGAGUAUUAGAACAGUUGCUUCUUUCUGUGCUGAGGAGAAGGUGAUGGAAUUAUACCAUAAAAGAUGUGAAGGGCCAAUUAAAACAGGCAUAAGGAGAGGGAUAAUAAGUGGAGCUGGAUUUGGUUUAUCAUUCUUCUUGCUGUUUUCUGUCUAUGCAUGCAGUUUCUACGCUGGAGCUCGACUUGUACAAGACGGCAAAUCAUCAUUCUCAGAUGUUUUUCGUGUCUUCUUUGCUCUCACUGUAGCAGCAUUAGGAAUCUCCCAAUUUAGCUCCUUGGCUCCUGAUUCAAGUAAAGCUAAGAGUUCCGUUGGUUCUAUAUUUACUAUUCUUGAUGGGAAAUCAAAAAUAGAUCCCAGUGAUGACUCCGGGAUGACAUUGGAACGGUUAAUGGGAGAAAUUGAGUUUCGCCAUAUCAGUUUCAAAUAUCCAACCAGAUCUGAUUUUCAAGUAUUCAGAGAUCUUUCCUUGAGCAUUCGUUCAGGAAAGACAGUUGCUAUAGUUGGAGAAAGUGGAAGUGGGAAAUCAACUGUGAUCUCGUUGUUGCAGAGAUUUUAUGAUCCUGAUUCAGGUCACAUUACACUGGAUGGAAUAGAAAUCCAAAAGCUACAAGUAAAAUGGUUAAGACAGCAAAUGGGUUUGGUGAGUCAAGAGCCUAUGUUAUUUAAUGAUACAAUUAGAGCCAAUAUCGCAUAUGGAAAGGGAGGGGAUGCAACAGAGGCUGAAAUUAUUGCUGCAGCAGAACUGGCAAAUGCUCACAAGUUCAUUUCUAGUUUGCAGCAGGGGUAUGACACAAUAGUAGGAGAGCGAGGAGUUCAGUUAUCUGGGGGACAAAAGCAGCGCGUGGCUAUUGCACGAGCCAUAGUAAAGAAUCCGAAAAUAUUGCUUCUGGAUGAAGCUACCAGUGCCUUAGAUGCAGAAUCUGAGAAAGUGGUACAGGACGCGUUGGAUCAAAUUAUGGUGGAAAGAACCACAGUAGUAGUGGCUCAUAGAUUAUCCACAGUUAAAAGUGCAGAUUUGAUUGCAGUAAUUAAAAAUGGAGUCAUAGAAGAGAAGGGAAAGCAUGAGAAUUUGCUCAACAAAGGUGGUGCCUAUGCUUCCUUAGUGGCAUUGCACACAGGUUCUUCCAUAAAAGAACUCAACUGAAUUCCUGCAAGUUACAACUCAGCAAAUCAAGGACCUUGCAAGAUUAAGAU